GGACCUAUCAUAUCCCCUCCCUCCAUCUCUCUGCACGGCGCGCGCGCAGUUUCUUUUUCGGUUUCGCUUCACUACGCCUUUGGUGACUGCUAGGGUUUAAGGAACGAAAGUUUCAUUUCAAUGGCUUGGUGGGAAGGCUUCGAUGAAAUCCGUCUUCUCAUCGCAGCAGAUACUGCUGAAACUGGAAACGACGUCGGACAAUUGCUUUCGCUUCGGCAUCCCAAGUCCGGGAACUCAAUCUGCUGUCUUUUAGUUAAUGGAGUUCUUCAGGAGCUUAAUUGGUUCAAGCAAUCCUACACUUCUUGGUUUCUGGGUGACUAUGUUGCUGAAGAUGGUGGAUUAUACACUACCACUCCAGUUGAUCCUGUUUUCAUUUUGUUGCCCAUUUUUGAAGAAGCUAGAAUGAAGAAGGGGGAUGAUCCGGGGAAGUUCAGGCUUGUAGAUGAGAUAAUCUUUGUUGAAGGCUAUCCCGGAUAUCAGAAACUAUUGCCCAUUGCAGAGAAUUGUAUGCAAGUAGUUAGUGAAAUCAAAGAAAUUGGAUCCUCAAAAUUUUUCAGGCUUGAUGAUUCCAAAGUUCUAGCUUGGAUGUACCAUAAGGUAUGUCAGCUAAAACAGACACUAUCCACCUUGGACAAUAAUUAUGCUGCAAGGGAAGAGAAAGAUAGAUUAAUUGAUGCAGUUUCAAUAUUAGGGGAAUACUUGGAUGAGCCCUGGCUGAAGCUUUUGAGUGACUGUUUGAGGAUAGACUUAACAGAGGCAACAAGAAAAAUGUCAGAUAUCGAAAUUCUUCCGACUGCCACAGAAAGCAAUGGCUCACAGGAAAAAAGUAAGAGUGACAAUAAGACUACCAGAGCUGGAAGGCAAGCUAAGAAGCCCAAAGUGGAGACAGAAUCACAUAACAUCAGAGAAAUGUUUACUAGAGCUUCUUCAAGAAGGAAAAAGUGAACCAUUUCAAAAUGACACAUUUUUGUGUAAAUCAUGAAGUUCCUUCACCAUGAUUCGAAAUGCCAAUCUAAACGAUUUUGAUUAGACCAGUAAUUAGUCCAUCAGCAUUGACCACUGUACUGCUGCCUUGUAAUCCAUCGACUGUAUCAUUGAUUUGUGUUGUAGUGAUUAGUGACUAGUUAUUUCAAGAUUAAUGUUCUCACCUUAAACUGUAA